CUCUGUGUGCUCCGGAUGAAAACUGACACCGGCCGAAGGCUGCAGCAGAUUCCAGGAGGACCCCAGGACAUCAGGAUGUUUUCAGUCCAGAGCAAGGAGAAGAUUUUCCAUGAUAUCUUUUUGAAUCACUUCAAGGAAAAUAAAGUGGAGAUAGCAAGUGCAAUAACAAAGCCAUUUCCUUUCCUUGAGAGCCUCAGAGAUGGGUCCUUUAUCACUGAAAACAUCUAUAAUGAGUCUCAGGAAGCCUGUAGAAACUUGGUCCCUGUAGGGAAAGUGGUAUAUCAUGUUCUCUGCCACCUUGAGAAGACGUUUGACAAAUCACUUCUACAAGCCGUCUUCAGCAGGGUCCAUCUGAAGGAGUAUCCUGACUUAAUUCAGGUUUAUCGAAGCUUCGAAAAUGUGAUCCAAGACAAAUAUUUUCCCCAGGAAAGUGAUAGAGAAGAGACACCAAAAAUGCCCAGCUGUGAACAAGUGAUCAACAGUGAAUCCAAUGAUGAGGAUGAGCCCCCCAAAGCCUUGAGCUCAGCACCAAGUCAUGGGCCAGGUGAGGAGGUUGAGGAUGGCCGGCUUUGAGCUGCAGGACCUCAGGCAUCUGAAUUCAGAGCUCCUGUUUCCUGAUGCAUUUACUUUGAGUGCAAUUCACAGCCAAUGGUCCAGCUAAUCCUGGGAACCCAUUCUCGGCGUUUACCCCAUGUGGCACUUUGGGAAAUGUGGUAGGCAGGGCCCUAUUCAUUGAAUAUGUGUGUUCAUGCAUUGAUGUUAGAGCAGAAACAAGCUAGCAUAUUUGUUAUUUUUCUUUCCUUUCACAUGAUCAUGCCUAUUGUGGUAGUAUAAUAAAAAACUUGUAUUUGGCCCUCUCUCUAGUUCCUGGAACAGAGCUCCCCAAACCCUUAAAUUUUCCUGAGUGUUGGAGUGUCUUUUAAAAACCAACCAUGUGAUCAGAAGAUUAGAACUUUUAGCUCCACUCCUUGACCUCUGGGGAAAAAACAAAGGAGGGAGAUUGAGUUCAUUCACCAAUGGUCGAUUAUUUAAUCAAUCAUGGCUACAUAAAGAAAUCUCAAUAAGAACCCCUAAACAGGGUUCGGGGAGCCUCUGAGUUAGGGAAUAUAUGGAUGUGCUGGGAGGCUGGUGUGCUGGAGAGGGCAUGGAA